AUGAUCGGCUGUCUCGGGGCACGUUCCCCCAACGUUAACCUCCAGUCCCGCGGGAGUACGUUCGGCUCUUCCCGGAAGCACUCGGGCGUCCUCUGGCCAACCCUCGGCUCCAGUUCACCCGCCCGACCCGAAUGCACUCGGCCGUUUCCGCCGGGGGGCGGGCCCGACCAUUCGGAACCGCGGCGGCAGCAGCGGAGGCGGGGAUCCCGCGGCUGCGGCGACGGCGGCCGCGGUGAAGCCACGGGUCUGGCUCGGUUCGGCGUGACGGUGGUCGCGGCGGCAGCGGUGGCGGCCACGACCAGGUUGGUGUCCCGAGCCGAGCAUGGUGACAGCCUGUGCCCUCGGCCCCCUCGCCUGGCGCAGCUGGAAGAGCCGCCAGCCUCGGGAGCCGAUGGCCCCCCACGUGAGGGAGUGAGCAACCUGGCCCCGCCCUACGGAUUGAGGGGGGACGCAGCAGCUGAGUGA